UUUGCUGUGGGUCUGAGUCGGAUAAUGGAUAAGAAGAAGAAUCAAGGAAAGAAGACUCCCGGAAACAGUUUCCGAAGCCUACAUACGGAGGAGACUGUGCGCCGAUUUGAGCAUGUCCGCAGCAAGGUGGGAUUAUAUAUUGCGAAUCUGCCACCACCCCGUAUCCUAUCCAACUCGAACCGAUCCGGCCGCCAGGGUUACUUGGAGAUGAUGUCCAAGAUAGAGGAAACUCAAGCUGAGACCAGUGGCUGCUCCACUUCCGGUGCUGCUGCUGCUAUGGCUGCUGCCGUCGCCCAGGCAAAGAUGCAGGUGAAAGUCCAGAAAGCAACUCAAACAAUUAUAUCGGUAGACUCCUCCAAGUCCCCUGCAGGAAAGAUUGUAAUCUUAAAAGACGACAUGGAAACACAGGCUCCACAAGUGAUACAACCAAAACAAGCCAACAAAGCCCCUAAUCCCGUCCAGCCACCCAAGGCGGAGUGCGAUGAUGAUGACAUGUCAGACACUUCCUCUGAAGGCUCCAAUGACGAUGAUCCUAACAACUUGCAUGACGUGCUGCUAUUGCCGGUCGAGUUCUUGUUCCUUUAA